UAUAAUAAUAAUCAAUUAAGUCAACAUAUAACAUCACAUGUCAGUCCAAAUAAGACUGGAAUGUAUGUUGUUGCCAAGGGAUUGAGCCUCAAGGUCGACACCAACCCCAAGCCAAUUUGGAAAUCAUUGGUCUCCAAUACAAAGGUUGUACAACCUCAACAUGACCCUGCAACCAAGACCCUGCUCAAUGAUCUCAACUUCUCAUUACAACCUGGCCGCAUGGUACUCUUGAUGGGUCCUCCAUCGUCUGGCAAAUCAAUUCUACUCCAACUUCUGGCCAACAGACAUCCCAAGCAACACAGUACCAUCGACGGACAACUAUUGUUCAAUGGUCAUGUGGCGGACGACAAGACACAUCACCGCGACACAAUAUUCGUUCCACAGGACGAUCGCCACAUACCCAUACUCACGGUUCAGCAGACGAUGGACUUCUCGGCCAACUGCAACAUGGGCCAGCAGUCUAGAGAGCAGGCCAAGAAGGAGCGAGUCGACCUCAUAUUGGAGAUGGUCGGACUGACCGAGCAGAGGAAUACACUGGUUGGCGAUGAACUCAUUCGUGGCAUAUCAGGUGGACAGAAGAGACGUGUCACUCUGGCGUCUGAGUUUACAAAGUGUCCUAAUCUUAUAUUGAUGGAUGAGCCUACCACUGGAUUGGACUCUGCCACCUCAUUCAACAUUUGCAAUCAUGUCAAGACCAUUGCCAUCGAAUCCAAGUCAUCAGCAGUCCUUUCAUUAUUACAACCAAGUCCAGAGUUAUUCACACUAUUUGAUGAUGUCAUCCUACUUGGUGAGCAUGGUACACUCUGUUACUUUGGCCCACGUGAACAACUACUCCCAUCAACAUUGUUGGAUGAUAUCAAACUUUGUUUGAGUAGACAGUUCACAGUGAUGAAGAUGGUCAGGAAGCAAUAUAUUGUACGUUUCGUACAGGCCAUUGUAAUGGGAUUCGUACUUGGUUCAUUGUUCUUCCAACUGGGCGACACUCAGACUGGCGGCCGCAACAGAUUCGCCAUACUCUACUUUGCAAUGAACCUUCACAUCUGGACGUCGUACCCCUCGAUCGAGGAGUUCCAUCAGCUGCGCCCAGUGUUCUAUCUCCAACAGGAUGGCAAAUAUUAUCGAGCAUUCGCAUAUUUCCUCUCAUUGGUUGUCUCCAAGUUCCCCGUGUCAUUCAUCGAGUCAACAUUGUUCGCCACCAUAUGUUAUUGGACUGCUGGAUUCAAUGCCAGUGCAGACAGAUUCUUUGUGUUCAUCAUAUGCAAUGCAUUGACAAACAUUGUUGCACAGGGACUGUUCCAGUGCGCAUCGGCAUACUCAUCGACCCAGCUCAAGGCAUCAUUGGUGACACCAGCCAUCAUACUUUUGUUCAUGAUCUCAUCUGGCUUCAUCCUGCCACGCACCAACUAUCCAGAUUGGUGGAUAUGGUUGUACUAUCUCGACCCACUCAAGUACGUGCUGGAUGCGCUGGCCUCCAAUGAGAUGGUGGACAAGACAUUCCAUUGUGCGCCCCACGAGAGGAUCCCGCCACCCACCCUCCAACUAUUUGGAUUCAAUGAUACAUUGUCAUGGCGAUGGAUCGACUUGUUCAUCGUGGUCUGCUACGCAUUUGUAUUGUUCACACUCUUCUUUAUUGGAUUGAAAUGGCUUCGCUUCGAGACCAAGAAGCCACCAAGGACAAUAUCAUAUGGCAUCAAGGUAAAGAAGGACAGGAAGAAUACCAUCAUUGACGCGAACAAUGUUGCCAUGGCCAACAAUGGAGGAUGUUACAUGACCAUUGAGAACCUGAACUACUCAGUCCAGGUCAAGAAGAGGAAUGAACAUACGGGCAAGACUGAGAAGGCAAAGUUGCAGCUGCUCAACAACAUCAAUGCAUUUGUCAAACCUGGCAUGAUGGCGUUGAUGGGCCCAUCUGGCGCAGGCAAGUCAACUCUUUUGGACAUAUUGGCCAAGAGGAAGAAUGGAGGCGAGAUCACUGGACAAGUGUCAAUCAAUGGUCAAUCAAUUGACUCGAUGCAACUCACUCGAUUCACCGCCUAUGUUGAACAACAAGAUAUAUUGCCAGAGAAUCUCACUGUGAAGGAGGCCGUCUACAUGUCUGCCUUGUGUCGCCUGCCAGAUACAAUGCCCAACGAGGACAAGAUGAAGUUGGUGGAGGAGAUCAUCAAGUUGCUACACUUGACCAAGGUCCAGGACUCAAAGAUCGGUCUCAAUCCAAUGGUAGGCAUUUCAUUGGCCAAUCGCAAGAAGGUCAGCAUUGCAAUCGAGAUGGCUGCCGACCCCCAGCUACUGUUCUUGGACGAGCCCACCUCUGGUCUGGACUCAACUGCUGCACUCAAAGUGAUGAACUGUAUACGCAAGGUGGUCAAGAGUGGACGAACAGUUAUAUGCACCAUCCAUCAACCAUCACAAGAGAUCUUUGAAGAGUUUGAUCAGUUAUUGUUGUUGGCCAAGGGUGAGGUCAUAUACUUUGGAGACACUGGACCCAAUUGCCAGACCGUCGUCGACUACUUUGCUCAUCAAGGCUAUCAUAUGCAACAUGGAAGGAAUGCCGCCGACUUCAUACUUGAGGUGGCCGAGCUGCGUGACGAGGCCAGGAACCCAAUCCAGUAUUACCGUGCAUCAACUGAGUGCCAGACCACAACUGAGCAGCUGACCAACAAGCAGGUUGUGCCAACUGGUGUUACUGUGCCCAAGUUCACCAACAUGUAUGGUUCGUCAUUGAGGACUCAGAUGUACUGCCUGACCAAACGUGCAUGGCUCAAUCAUGUUAGACGUCCAACAACAAUCUUGAUCAGAUUCCUUCGUGGAAUCAUCCCAGCCUUUAUCUUGGGCACGAUGUUCCUUCGACUUGAUCACGAUCAAUCAGGUGCCCGAAAUAGAUUGGCAAUGAUCUUCCAAUCGUUUGUGUUUGCUGGUAUUUCAUCUGUGUCCAAGAUACCAAUGGCAUUGGAGGAUCGAUCACUAUUCUACCGCGAGAAACAAUCUGGAACGUACCCGCCAUUCAUUUACCUUGCCGCUACAUUGGUGACCGAUCUGCCGAUGGUCGUGAUGACCUCGCUCGUCUACUGGAUCCCAUUCUUCUUGUUGAGUGGCAUGGAUGGUGGCGAGGGCGGGGGCAAGUUCUUCUUCAGUCUCCUCAUCUACUUCCUCAUGACACUCUGCUACGACAACCUUGCCUUGAUGUUUGCCUUUGUGAUGCCCGAACUGCCCGUGGCUGCACUGAUCAGUUCAAUGGCGCUCAACUUCCUCGGACUGUUUGGCGGCUUCUUCAUCCCGGGUCCAGACAUCCCACGAGGAUGGAAGUGGCUACAUUGGUUGAUGUUCUCACGUUAUGGUCUUGAGUCGAUUGGUGUAACAGAGUUGCGAGGCGCAACAUUUGAUUGUCCCAAUGAUGUUGGUGCCUAUCCAAUACCCGUGGGCAAGAACACAAUGAUGUUCUGUCCAAUCACAUCAGGCGAUACACUCCUCGAACGAUAUGGACUUGAGUAUGACCGAGUGAAUUGGAACAUAUUCAUGUUGAUCGCCUUCAACAUUGCCUACAUUAUGCUCAGUUUCCUGGCGCUCACAUUCAUUCGUCAUCAGCGUAAAUAA